AUGGAGAGAAUGGAAUGGAAUGGAAUGGAGAUGGAAGGAAGAAUGGAGUGGAGGAUAGUGGAGGAAUGGAAUGAAGAAGGAUAUGGACCCGAAGAGCAACCAGCUUGCCGGAGAGCGCUUGCGGAUGGCGACAGCCAUGGCGGCCAGGGCGAUGACGGCUGGAGCCAUGGCGGCCGGGGCGACGACGGCCGGGACCAUGGCGGCUGGGACGACGACGACCGGGGCCAUGGUAGCCGGGCCGACGACGGCAGGAGCCAUGGCGGCUGGGGCGAUGACGGCCGGGGCCAUGGCAGCCGGGCCGACGACCUCCGGGGAGACAACGGCUGGGGCAACAAUGGCCACAAUUUAUAA